CAUCUUCUCCUUCCUUCUUGACCCGAGCGGAGCCGUGCGGGCGUGCGACUGCGAAACGCAGCAGCAGCAGCAGCUCACGCGCGCGCUCGGCACGGCACACCACCCUCUCGUCUCGCCUCAGCGCCGGCCCACCCCCUAUAAAUAACGGCGCCACUCUCCCCUUCCCCCGCCUCCGCCUCCGCUCCCGUGUCCUCCUCCUCCUCCCUCCGCCGCUCCCUUCCUCCAGGACGCCUCCGCCGCGCCAAUGCGCCACGCCUCGCCGCCGCAGGAGCUCCCCGCCGCCGCCGCCGGGGGCGAGAUCCAGGCGGCGCUGUCCCCCGCCACCGCCUCCUCCUCCGCCGCGCGCGCCCGCGGAGGCGGGGGCGGAGGCGGAGGCUCCUUCACGGCGCUGCUGGGACUCCCCACCUCGCAGGCCAUGGAGCUGCUCCUCCCCCGCACGGCGCCGCCGCCCGCCCUAGCCCCAUCCCCAGCCCCAGCCGCAGCAGCGCCCGCGCCAACCUUCCCCUCCGACCCGCACCUCGUGGACCGCGCCGCGCGCUUCUCCACGUUCGCGCCCCCGUCUCCGUCCCCGUCCUCCCCGUCCCCAGCGCCGCCUCCACCACCCCCUCCCGCCGCCGCUAACGCAGGCAAGCGCAAGGCGGAACCCGUCGACCGCGCCUCCAAGGGGAAGGCGGCGAAGAAGGGGAAGACGGCGGCGGCGGAGGAGAAGCCCACGGGCGGCGACGGCGACGGCGACGACGAGAAGCCGGCGUACGUGCACGUGCGGGCCAGGCGGGGCCAGGCCACGGACAGCCACAGCCUCGCCGAGCGGGCGAGACGCGAGAAGAUCAAUGCGAGGAUGGAGCUGCUCAAGGAGCUGGUCCCCGGCUGCAGUAAGGUAUCAGGAACAGCACUGGUGCUAGAUGAGAUCAUCAAUCAUGUUCAGUCUCUCCAAAGGCAAGUUGAGUAUUUGUCAAUGAGGCUCGCAGCUGUAAACCCAAGGGUCGAUUUUGGUGGGCUAGACAGCUUUCUGACCACGGAGUGUGGAAGGAUAGCAGGCUUCAACUGCAAGAACGGAAUCGACUUGGAGCAGGUAACCUGGCCAGAAAUGGGUGUUCAUGGAACAAGGCAGCUGAUGCAACUUCAACAGCACUUCUGGCAUGGUGAUUUAGCACAUCCACACCAAGUGGCUUCACAGUGGGAAAAGCGGGGGGAUGGCCAUCCUCCCGUCUUUGGCAACCCCAGUCCCUCUCUCUUCGGCUAUGAUCUAACAAGCUCUGGCUUAGAACACCGCUCCAGCUUUUGCUGCACCAAUGAGAGAAACCAAAGAAAAGGCGUAAUAAGAGCCGGUGAUCUGCCGUUCGGAUCUGGGCAACCGAUCUGUGCUACGGCCCUGGAUCCAAGCAGAGUGCGUUGUGGAGACAGGAGCUAUUGGAGGAACGCAACAAACCCCGGCGAGCAAGCUAAAGACCGAGCUUUGAGCGACGAUGGUAGAUAGCAUGUCAGGACAGCAAGCUAAACAUUUGCUGUGAGGCGGCAGCAGCGACAGAAUUUCAUCAAUUUGAUCAAGCUACAGACGAGCUGCGAAUGAAUGGCGGCUGUGGCUGUGGUUGUGGAUGGUUGAUGUCAAGCGCAGCGAAAUCAAUCAACAUUUUCAGAGGGGGGAUGUGUACAUAUAGUGAUAGGGAUACUAUUGGCGUUGAGCUGAAAACGGGGGAUGCAUGAUGGGCCAGGAUACCAGCUUUCCUGCCGCUGUCGUUGUAGAGAUGGGCAAGCCCUGCUGCUAUCGUUGAAGAGAUGGGCAAGCGAUACUCUGGUUUCGUUGCUGAUAUUCUUGGUGUAUUUCUGAUUAUAAUGGCCCAAUCUUAAGGUUAUCUGAGCAGCAUUUUUUUUUAUGAACGAAAACAGAAAGAAAUAUCAUGGGUCAUGUACCCUUCUCGAUUGCAUUUCAA